AGUUCCCUCUAGGAUUCCGUAGCUUACGAAAGCGAAGGUUAGCUCCAGUGCUAAUUCCUCACGCUGACAUUGAGACAGACAGCGACCACCUGCGUUUGAUUUCAGCUUCGGAAUAAAAGGUUCCUCACCAUGGUUACUGGGAAGCGUCUGGCGGACCUGGGCUAUCGGGCCUUCACCGGCUCCAUGAUGCUGCUAACGAUGUACGGAGGAUACAUGUGUGUCAUGCGAGGGUACCGCUUCGUGCAGAAGCAGAACCAGCUGAAACUGGCAGCAGAAAACCAGGAUCCUGAAAUCCUCAAAGACUGAUGUCAGACGGACUGAUCUCCUCUUUGCACACAUGUGGACAUUUCCCCCCCAUUCCUCCUCUUUAUUUGUCCAUCACUAAAAUCACAAAGAUGAUUAUUCUUAUCGUGAUGUUUGCCGAUUUACAUGUGAGGUUACUGUGUCCUCGCAAGAAGGAUGAUUUGUUAAUGAAAACUUCACCCUGAAAAUGAAUCAACAACAUUAACAUCCUUGUUAUGAGCGUGUCAGAGGUGAAGAUGGCUGUAAUCGUUUGUAUUGUAUUAAAUUAAAUGCCUUUAACCAAA